GGCAUGUGGUGCGUAAGAGCUGAAAUUAAAAAGAGCAUCCCUGCCUUUCACCAGCUUUUCAGAAAGCAUCACCUUCUGCACCAUCAUCUUUGGGCGUGAUUUAUGUAACAUUUAUUGAACAGCCGGGAUAUUUUUCGAGGUUUAUUGUCAUGGCAAAAUGCUCACUUUUGAUUUUUUACUUUUUUUACUUUUUCCAAGGACUACUUCCACUCAUCUUGGGGCAGCAGCGCGCAGGUGGCCCCUGGCGGCACCGCAUUCAGUGGCAGAACAACGGGCAGGUUUACAGCUUACUGAGCACGGGGUCGGAGUUCCAGCCCUCUGUCCAGUCCAGAUCCCACUCGAGGGUUUAUGUCAGCAGCAGGGGAGAUGCUACCCAUGCCCACACGCCAGGACAUCUUGCUGCUGAGCGCAGUGUUAGACCGUCCGGCCAUGGCCGCCCAUCGGGGGCCCGGCAGGGGCCCGAGCGCGCCUACGGAUCAGGAUCUGCGGGUUACCCAGGGGCGCGGCGCUUCACUGUUCAAUACCACAACACUUCCAGUUCUUCAAACUCCAUAAGAAUGGGAGAAGGUGUGGAUAUUAAUGUGGGACAGCGCACUAGGGAAGCGGGGCCAGGCCGUGCAGGCGCGCAGAGCCAGCAGAUGCCUCAAGUCUCCAGGCAACCUGCGCGCUCGGAGCCCGCUGCGUCCCCAGCUGCGUCCCCAGCAAACCCCCUGGGCCGGCAGACCGGCUCCGGGGCUGCAGAUUCAUACCCGGCUCGGAGUAUGGAUGCUGCUGGGGAGGGCAUGGUUAACGACGACCCUCGAAACCCGUAUAAAACCCACAGGAAUUCAGUUUUCUACAACAUGCAUCCAGCAAGAGGCAGGUCAGUGGCCCGGACGCGCCGUCCUCCUGGCACAGGGUAUGGAACAAGCUAUUUCCAAAAUGGACUGCCAGACCUUGUGCCAGACCCGUACGCCAUCCAGGCAGGUGCUUAUGUGCAGCGCAUGCAGAUGUAUGCACUCCGCUGUGCUGCAGAGGAAAACUGUCUGGCCAGGUCGGCUUAUGCACCCAGCAUUCGAGACAUUGACUUCAGAGUACUCCUGCGAUUUCCACAGAAAGUCAAGAACCAAGGAACCACUGACUUCCUGCCUGUCAAGCCCAGAUAUCAGUGGGAAUGGCACAGUUGUCACCAGCAUUACCACAGUAUGGAUGCUUUCAGUAAUUACGACCUGCUGGACAUUGCUACGGGGCGUAAAGUGGCUGAAGGACACAAGGCCAGUUUCUGUCUGGAGGACACUGGCUGUGACCCCGGAUUCAGGCGGCGGUACGCCUGCACCGCUCAUACACAGGGACUGAGUCCAGGAUGCUACGACACUUAUGCUGCCAACAUCGACUGUCAGUGGAUCGACAUCACUGACGUGCCUCCAGGAAACUACAUCUUGAAGGUUAUGGUGAAUCCAAAUUUCCACGUCGUGGAGUCAGACUUCAGCAACAACGCUGUGAGAUGUGACCUCACAUACACGGGGGUUUAUGUUCAGACACGCAACUGUCGAAUAACGAGGGGUUGAAAUCUUCAUUUCUCCUCAUCAUCUGCAGGCUUUCCACAGCCAAACAACCAACAAAUACAGAUCUGACAUGGUAACGUUUGUAUUAACAGUGAAAUCCCUUCCGUCUAGAGUUGCAUUUAUUUGUAAUUAAUACAAAACAAUAACUGAGUGACUUGGUUAUGUACGUCUGCAAGUCUGCUAUGAUUCAUUACAAACCAUUUGGAAAUACAAGUGCUGUCGACUUUGUUUCUUGAGUGUCGAGUAAUUGCUUUAAACGUACGGUUUGUUGCCAUUGCCAUGACUUGUAUACUCCUGAUCACCGUAAUGUUUGUGCCAUUACUUAUUACACUUUUAUGUAAAGGGCAAGAUAUUCUAUAUUUUUCAGAUUGCCAACAAAUUUUGUGUAAGCACUAAAACCAACACAUCAUUUUGGUAUGAAACAUUUUGGAUAAAAACAAUAAAGUGUGAAG